AUGUCGUUUCCUUUACUAUUUCUUCUUUUAUCGUUGCUGCUGGCCUUUGAUUCCUCCACCAAUGCCGCUGCGGAAAAGGAUUUUCUGUUGGCUAGUUACCGUCAGCAGUCAAGAAGGAGAAGCGGAGUGCCCCUGGCCCGCAUGCGCUUCUCCAGCCUCUCCAACUGCUACAACCAUGCCCAGCCACCCAACGACCAUCUACUUGAUGCCAACACCCCUUUCACACAAACCACACUCGUUGCCAUUCGGCCUCUUUCUGACAUCAAUCGUCCCCUCACCCAAUCACGCCACUGUGAUGAUUGGGUGCCCAUGGAUGACCAGUUAGGUCCAGCAGAGCUUGAGGAGGUUCCUCAAGCGAAGGAAGCGCAUUUUACUACAGUCGAUCGCCCUGGUGGUCCUGCCACUAACAAUCCCUCCAUAUUACAUGCUAAAGGACUGCAAUAUGCUCGGGAUGUAGAUUAA